CCGGGGACCUCGGAGGAGGUCUCCCGGUGGGCUUCCCUUCAGUUUUUCACUCAUUCGCCACUCAGUCCACGGACCGAGGGUGCUGGGAGGAGGGAAGAAGGCGGAGAAUGGUCCUCGCCUGCUGGUCCAGACGCUGAGCCAAGCCAAGGUCCCUCUCCGCGCCCGCUCCCGUGCCGCCAAAUAGUUGUGCCGCCACCGGUACUGAACUUUGGAGGACUCACCCUUUUCUUUCCUUUUACGAGUAUUGGAGGCGGUCGAGGGAGGGAGGCGACGCCAAGGCAGCCGACCCCCACCAAGAUGUUGGUGAAGAAACACACGGGGAAAGGAGGGGGCCGAGAGCCCGGACCUGCGGACUCGAGUCCCGCCGGGCAGCGCUGCUCUGCGGCCGUGCCUCCGUGCGCCGCCCUGUCUGCCCUCCUGUCAGUGGUCGCCGUCCUGUCUUGUCUGUACCUGGGGGUGAAAACCAACGACCUCCAGGCACGGAUCGCCGCUCUCGAAACCGCCAAAGGGGCCCCUUCCAUUCGUCUGCUGCCUGAUACCCAGGAUCAGCUCCAGGCCAUGGUGCAAGAGAAAGUGGAGCGCCUUCUGGCUCAGAAAUCCUAUGAACAUAUGGCUAAAAUAAGAAUUGCGAGAGACGCACCUUCAGAAUGCAACUGCCCAGCAGGCCCUCCAGGGAAACGAGGAAAGAGGGGACGAAGAGGAGAUUCUGGUCCUCCUGGUCAGCCUGGUCCUCAGGGUCCUCCUGGUCCAAAAGGUGAUAAGGGAGAACAAGGUGAUCAGGGGCCUCGGGGUCUGCCAGGCUUCCCCACAGUUGCUGCCCUGCACAGUAAUCAGAUCCUCACCGUCAAGGGUGACCAAGGACAGGCAGGGCCUCCAGGACCACCAGGCCCUCCAGGCCCAAGAGGACCUCCUGGGGACACAGGGAAAGAUGGUCCCCGCGGAAUGCCUGGAGUACCCGGUGAGCCAGGGAAACCAGGAGAACAAGGCCUGAUGGGUCUUCUGGGGCCUCCAGGACAAAAGGGUUCAGACGGAGCACCUGGAAUUCCAGGAAUGAAUGGACAAAAGGGUGAACCUGGAUUGCCUGGAGCAGUGGGACAGAAUGGAGCACCAGGACCAAAGGGAGAACCUGGAGAACAAGGAGAAAAGGGAGAUGCUGGAGACAAUGGUCCGAAAGGCGAUACAGGCGAAAAGGGUGACCCCGGAUCCUCUGCUGCGGGAAUCAAGGGAGAACCUGGAGAAGCUGGUCGUCCAGGGCAAAAGGGUGAACCAGGGCUUCCUGGGCUUCCUGGACUUCCGGGGAUAAAGGGAGAACCAGGUUUCAUUGGUCCUCAAGGGGAACCAGGCUUACCAGGGUUGCCAGGAACCAAAGGUGAACGUGGGGAGGCAGGACCUCCUGGAAGAGGGGAGCGAGGGGAACCUGGAGCCCCCGGCCCAAAGGGUGAUCGUGGAGACAAGGGGGACUCAGGAGCUAUGGGCCCAAGGGGUCCGCCUGGUCAGAAGGGGGAUCAAGGAGCCACCGAGAUCAUAGAUUACAAUGGCAACCUCCAUGAAGCCUUGCAGGGGCCCCCUGGACCUCCAGGACCUCAAGGACUGCAAGGGCCAAAGGGAGAGCAAGGAUCUCCAGGAAUCCCAGGAGUAGAUGGAGAGCAGGGACUCAAGGGCUCAAAGGGAGACAUGGGUGAUCAAGGUAUACCAGGUGAAAAAGGAGGAAUUGGACUCCCUGGAUUACCGGGUGCCAAUGGAAUGAAAGGAGAGAAAGGAGACUCCGGAUUGCCUGGUCCACAGGGCCCUUCUAUCAUAGGCCCCCCAGGUCCGCCUGGUCCCCAUGGCCCACCCGGCCCCAUGGGACCCCAUGGACUUCCUGGACCAAAGGGUGAACCAGGGUUAAAUGGUGUUAAAGGAUUGAAGGGUGAACCAGGUCAAAAGGGUGACAGAGGACCCCUUGGUCUUCCAGGAGCAUCUGGCUUAGACGGGAAGCCAGGAUCCCGGGGUGUAGAUGGUCCUGUGGGACCCCAUGGCCCUGCUGGUCCCAAAGGAGAACGAGGUGAAAAAGGAGCUAUGGGGGAGCCUGGACCCCGAGGGCCUUAUGGCCUACCUGGCUUUCCUGGUCCACGGGGUGAGAAGGGCGACCUAGGAGAAAAGGGAGAGAAGGUGAUGCCUCCUGUUAGCAUGUACUGUGUGUGACUACUCACGCUGUCCGCUUUGCUGCUCCACCUGUGUGGUUCUGUCAGAUGCCUAAUUUGUCUCCAUCCUGUGCUCCAAAAACACUCUGAUGCCUCGUCUGAGGGAUCAGGCGUUCACAGCUAAGCACACUACCCAGCUAGAAAUAAGGCACUGUGUAGCAUGAGAGAAAAAAAUCAUUAUCCCCAAAUAUCCAGCUUUCAAUCUUUCAACUACCUAAUGCCAAUUUCUUUAAAAAU